AUACAAAAUGGGACCAAAAAAAAUCACUCGUGUAGUUUCUACUAAACCAAAGAACCUUCAUCGUUUUGACCCUCGCACUGCUAAACAACCUGAGGCAAGUGGCUCCUCCACUAACCCCGAAACAACUGAAGAGCUUUCUGCUCUAGACGAAGAUAUU